AUGGCGUCGUUCCUCGAAAAUACCUACAGUUUGGUCCAUCUGGACAAUGCUGCUGACCAGCCGACUGUGCAGGAGCUCAAGCUGCAGCUGGAGAAAGGCACCGAUGAAACCAAGUUGGAAACCAUGCGGACAAUUAUCACCAUCAUGCUCAAUGGCGACCCCAUGCCACAAAUCUUAAUGCACAUUAUUCGCUUUGUGAUGCCCUCCAAAAGCAAGCCUUUGAAGAAGCUGCUUUACUUCUUCUACGAAAUCUGCCCCAAGCACGAUUCCACCGGCAAGCUUAAGCAGGAGAUGAUCUUGGUCUGUAACGGUAUUCGCAACGAUCUUCAGCAUCCCAACGAAUACAUCCGCGGUAAUACGCUACGAUUCCUCAGCAAACUGCGCGAACCCGAACUUAUCGAACCCCUCCUCUCCUCCGCACGCUCGUGCUUAGAGCACCGCCAUGCUUAUGUUCGCAAGAACGCUGUUUGGGCCGUGUCAUCUAUCUUCCAGCAUUCCGAGUCCCUUAUCCCAGAUGCCCCCGAGCUGCUCCAGGUGUUCCUUGAGUCGGAGACAGACAGCACCUGCAAGCGCAAUGCGUUCGCAGCGCUUAUGUCUAUCAGCCACCAGAAGGCGCUCGAAUACUUGCGCACCACAUUCGACACUAUUCCCAACACCGAUGAGCUACUUCAAUUAGCAGAGUUGGAGUUCCUCCGCAAGGACGCAGUGCAGAACACACAAAAUAAGUCCAAAUACCUGAAGCUCAUGCUCGAGCUCCUUGAUGCGUCCACGAGUACUGUCGUUUACGAAGCCGCGACUUCUCUUACUGCCCUCACCAGCAACCCAGUCGCCGUCAAGGCUGCCGCUGGCAAGCUGAUCGAGCUCGCCAUACGGGAAGCCGACAACAAUGUGAAGCUUAUCUGUCUUGAGCGUGUCGACCAGCUCCGAAUCCGAAAUGAGGGUGUUCUGGACGAUCUGACUAUGGAGGCCCUGCGCGUCCUUAGCAGCCCGGAUAUCGAUGUCCGGAGAAAAGCCCUUAACCUCGCUAUGGAGAUGGUCUCCAGCAAGAACGUGGAAGAGAUCAUCAUGCUGCUCAAGAAGGAGCUUGCCAAGACCGUUGAUGAACAAUAUGAACAGAACAGCGAGUACCGUCAACUUUUGGUGCAGUCAAUACACUCCUGCGCUAUCAAGUUCUCCGAGAUUGCUGCCAGUGUCGUUGAUCUCUUGAUGGAUUUUAUUGCCGACUUCAAUAAUAACUCCGCUGUCGAUGUGAUCUCAUUCGUCAAGGAGGUCGUGGAGAAAUUCCCUGACCUGCGUAGCUCGAUCAUCGCCCGUCUAGUUUCGACUUUGAGCGAAGUUCGCGCCGGAAAGGUCUACCGUGGAGUCCUCUGGGUCGUUGGUGAAUACUCCCUGGAGGAGAAGGAUAUUCGCGAUGCUUGGAAGACCAUCAGAGCCAGUCUUGGUGAAAUUCCUAUCUUGGCAUCUGAGCAGCGCCUCCUGGAUGAGGUUCCUGAUGACAACGCCUUGCUCCUAGAGCAGGCCAAUGGGCAAUCGAAGGCCGCGCCUACCGGAUCCCGCAAGGUGCUUGCGGACGGCACAUACGCCACCGAGAGCGCCCUGACCAGCCAGUCUGCUGCUGCCGCCCGCCUCGAGGCCGUGAAGGCCGCACAGAAGCCUCCAUUGCGCCAACUCAUCUUGGACGGUGACUACUACCUCUCCACGGUCCUCUCGUCAACCCUGACCAAGUUGGUCAUGCGCCACUCCGAGGUGUCUGAGGAUACCGCUCGCACCAACGCCCUCCGUGCUGAAGCCAUGCUCAUCAUGAUCUCCAUCAUGCGUGUCGGCCAAUCUCCCUUCGUCAAGGCCCCUAUCGAUGAGGAUUCAGUGGAUCGCAUCAUGACCUGUGUGCGCUCUCUGGCAGAAUUCUCCGAGAAGAAGGAACUCGAGGCCACUUUCCUGCAGGACACCCGAAAGGCGUUCCGGGCUAUGGUUCAGGUUGAAGACAAGAAACGCGCUGCCAAGGAGGCCGUUGAGAAGGCCAAGACUGCCGUGCAGAUUGACGAUGCCAUCCCCAUUCGCCAAUUCACCAAGAAGAACUCUGUUGAGGGAGCCGAAGAGAUCGAGUUGGACCUUGUCAAGGCUACCGGGGGCGAUUCCACCGUGGAAAAUGUCUCCUCUAAGCUCAGCCGUGUGGUCCAAUUGACCGGUUUCUCAGACUCCGUGUACGCGGAAGCGUAUGUCACCGUUCACCAGUUCGAUAUCGUUCUCGACGUCCUCUUGGUCAACCAGACCACCGACACCCUGCAGAACUUGUGCGUCGAAUUCGCAACUCUGGGUGACCUGAAGGUUGUCGAGCGUCCCUCCACCAACAACCUGGGUCCUAGGGACUUCUUGAACGUCCAGGCCACUAUCAAGGUGUCUUCUACUGACACCGGAGUUAUCUUUGGUAACAUCGUCUACGACGGUGCCAGCUCAACUGAGACCCACGUGGUCAUUCUUAACGACAUCCACGCUGAUAUUAUGGACUACAUUCAGCCUGCUCACUGCACCGAGACUCAAUUCCGGACUAUGUGGACCGAGUUUGAAUGGGAGAAUAAGGUUAACAUCAACUCCAAGGCCAAGACUCUCCGCGAGUUCCUGAAGCAGCUGAUGGAGAGCACCAACAUGGCUUGUUUGACGCCCGAUGCUUCACUCAAGGGUGACUGCCGCUUCCUUAGCGCAAAUCUGUAUGCCCGCAGUGUUUUCGGCGAGGAUGCACUAGCAAACCUGAGUAUCGAGAAGGAAGGAGAUGAUGGACCCAUCACCGGAUUUGUGCGCAUCAGAAGUCGCUCGCAGGGUCUGGCACUGAGCCUGGGCUCCCUGAAGGGCCUCAAGGCGGCGGCGGCUUAA